AUGUUUAAUCCCAUCCGCAAGCUCUUGAGUUUCUGGAGCGCCGCUGACACGAGCGUCACCACAUCGUCCAACGACGCAUCGACCAAGGAUAUAGCGACCGAGAGCACAGCGUACCGCGCCGCCUGCAAUCACGCCGCACCUCCUACACGGUACGCGAGCGGUGUGUUCAACACCACACCGUCUCCGCCGCCCAAUGCUGCACUAUCAGCAUACCUGUUCUCACAAGUGAAGGAUACGAACACGUCUGAAUCGAGAAUGAGGAACAUCCCGCCACCGCCAUUUCCCAUGUUUAGUGCGCCGACUGGCUACGCGACCGACGACGCUGGUACCACAUCGGACGACAUCGAUAUGCCAGAUGCUACGCCGAUGUCACCUCUGACACCUCCAACAACACCUUGCCGUGAUGGUGAUGAUAUCCGACCUUCGGUCGAGACACCAGCUCAAAAAGACGUUCACGGUGCAACCGCCAAAGACGAUGACACUAGCGAGCCGCGCAACGACACGACACCACCUACAUCUCCGGAACAUGACAGCCGUACUCCUUCCUCGCCACCGCGCCAACAAGACCGCCAACCUACAACACCCGCAUCAGAGCCCGCGCCAAACUGGCUAGACGAAAUCGUCAUCGAAGAAGACAUCCCCGAGAACGCCCUCCCAUUCGGCUACAUGGGUACAUUCCGCGGUAGCCGCCACUUCAUCCCCGAGUACCCCGGUAUGAAGCGCUGCAGCAACCAAGUCCCCCACCUCCUCCUCUGCGGCCACUGGAUCGCUAGCACCGAACCCUGCGGCUCCAACUGCAAAAAGCAAGACCACACCCACAAACAAUUCAAAUGCCCAACCUGCAACGACAUCGUCCGCGAUAUCCUCACGGGAUCUUUCCAACCCGCUGACUCGAUGAGGCUGAGGGAGUUCAGGAAGCAGAAAGAUGUCAAGUUUCUGGCUUGCUGUGUCGAGGCGGUUGUGAGGGCUGCGCCGGAACUCAAGAAUGGGGUUACGGAGGCUGUGGCUGGGUUUCUCUGCAAGGAUUCUGGAAGGGAGUGUGAGAAGGCGGAGAAUCCUGAUCCGAGUGGUCGUGAUAGUAUUGAGGAGAUUGUAAGAGAUAUGCAGGAGCGGUAUGAGCGGAGGCAGCGGGAGAGGAGGGCGACAGAGGAGGAGGGGAAUAUGCAUGAGAAGAGGGCUAGGGACGGGGAUGCGAGGGAUGGGAAUGCCGAUGCGGAAACACAGUUGAACGGGGAUACACCGGGGGAGCAUAAGCAUGGGCGAAACGACGCAUCCGCUGGUAACGACGAGGCGCACGAUACCUCACCCCCUACCAACCCCAACAAGAAGCGCAAGACGUCCCUAGAAACCCACCGCGAACCCAUCACGCCCUCUACCCGCGGCCUAAAGCGCCGCUCGCCAUUCUCUCCUUCUCCCUCUCCCUCUACCCCCACUUCAUCUUCAACUUCCUCCUUCGACGACCCAAACCCCUCACCCUUCGCCUACCUCCCCAACUCUAAACCCCCCUCCCCACCAUAUCCAUCACCACCCCCGAAGAAGAGGGUCUUCGAGAAGCCUGAUCCCGCAUUCGGCGAGGCCAGCUUCGUCAUCGCGCCGCCGAAUGUUGUGGGGCCCCUCAUGCGGAAGCGACAUGCUGAUGUCUAUGUCGAGGGGGCUAUUGAGCGGGAGAGUAAGCGGAGGAGGAGUGUGGAGAAUGAAGUGGAUGAAGUGGAGGGUGAGAGGGGAAGGGAGGGGAUGAGGGGGGAUGGGAGGGGAGGUGGGAAUAGAAGUGGGAGUGGGAGUGGUGGGAUCACUUGGAAGGAGUUUGAGGCUUUUAGGAGGGCGUGGGAUGGGAGGGAGGAGGAUGAGGAGGGGGAGUGUGAGUUGUAG